UCUUGGUAAGCACGGUGUCCAUUCCCCAUCUACCGUUCAUGGUUAAUUCAGUGAUAAUAACUAAUAUGUGCAUCUUGUGAGAUGGCGCAAGAUUGUCAAGUGUCCAUAUUGAUCCAUAGCUAAUCACAGUUUAAAAUCAACGGUCACCGAAUGAAAUGGCAAUCCUUAACUAUAUAUUAUGUGCUUCUAUUGUGUGUGUGGUUGUUGCUGUAAAUGUUCAAAAUGACUAUGACCUAUGUCUACCAGGAUUGCAUGGAACUAACUGUACUUUAAAUUGUAGCAACCAUUGUAUGCCAAAGGAUGGUUUAAUUUAUUGUGAUCAGAAAACCGGAAGUUGUAACCAUGGAUGUAUUGAUGGGGCUUUCGGCGUUACAUGCAACAACCUCUGUCCACAACACUGUUUUACGCUAGUGUGCGAUCGUUAUUCUGGAAAUUGUAUGUCUGGUUGUCAAGAUGGGCGUUACGGGGAUAACUGUUCGCAGAUCUGUAGUGCAAAAUGUCGAAAUAGCCUCUGCCACACCAACCGCACCUCCGGCCUUACAGAAUGCUUAGAAGGUUGUAUUUCGGGUUAUACGGGGACAUACUGUAGCGUUGCUUGUUCGAAUCCAAAGUGUGAAGUCUGUCGAUCUGAAAAUAUUUGUGACCAGUGUAAAGCGGGUUACUUUGGUGACUCUUGUGAUCAAACUUGUUCUACGCUAAUACCGAGAUGCAGUCGAUGCGACAGGAAAACUAGUGCUUGUCAACAAUGUCAACAAGGUUACUUCGGCCCCACAUGUGACAAGCGUUGUGAUAACUGUUCAAAUGGACGUUGCUCUAUUGAUGGGACUUGUACUGAGCAAUGCAGCAACAGAAAUUAUGGAAGAUUCUGUGACCAGCCAUGUCCCUUAAACUGUAUCCUGUUUACUGUAAACAACCGACCGGUACAUUGCAGUAAGGAAAAUGGCCUUUGUUCAUUAGGCUGUAAGACGGGGUUUUAUGGAAAUCGCUGUGAACAGGGAUGCAAUGAAAAUUGUCCAGUGCCUGUAGCCACACAGUGUAGUCCAAAUUGUCCAGAUAACACAUGUCUUCAAAUUGAUGGCACGUGCUCCAUGGAAUGUCAAGGUAAUCACUAUGGAUCACAAUGCGAUAAAAUGUGCAGUUCUAAUUGUAAGGUAACCUUAACCGGUGAAACGUGUGAUCGACAAGGUCAAUGCAUUCAGGGUUGCAAACGCGGUUUCUAUGGUCAACUGUGCACCGAUGAUUGUCCAGCAAACUGUAAAAAUGACGGAAAGAGUAGUAAUAUAUGCGAUAGUCUAUAUGGUCGAUGUUCAGCAGGAUGUAGUCCAGGUUGGUUCGGUUGGAAGUGUAACUCUCCUUGUUAUAUGAAUUGUGCGCCAGUUCCGGAAGGUAAAACAACUGUUAUAGACUGUAGUAAAUCAAGCAACUGUUUAUUUGGUUGUCUUACCGGAUGGAAAGGUGACACCUGUGAUGAAAAGCAGACAUCAAGAGUCGGGAUUAUAACCGCUAAUAAUAUUAUGAUCAUUGUAGCUUUGGUUAUUUUAAGAUAGUCAUUUUGACCUAUUUAUUCUAUAUUGAUAAGAGAGCGGGAUUUUAUACCAUAGUCAUUUUGACCUAUUUAUUCUAUAUUGAUAAGAGAGCGGGAUUUUACACCAUGUCUGGAUACUUUAUAUAGUGUUGACAUAUAGUUAAGUUUCGGCCAGCUAUUAUUAAUACACCAAUAAUAGACCCAUUCUUACCAAGGGUAGGUAACAUAAUAUUCAACCUGUCAUAGGUUAAAACAGCAAGGAAUCAACAUCAAUGAUACUUGGAUCGAUAACUUACUUGUAAAUAUUGUAUAUUAUUAUGUAUAUUAUUAUAUUGCUAUCAUAUAAUUUCGUGUAGACGUAUAUUGUCAAAUUCGCAGGGAAUGUUUAUUUUAGUCAAAAAGAAGACCCCUAACCAAAUUAGAUUUUGUAGGUUGCAACUUAUGCAGUUAUCGCCCGCACGUUCACGUCCCAAUAUACGGGACAAAAUUUAAAGGGGAAUUAUGGGGGAUUAGAUAAAGAGUUAGCAGUUCUUGCUAUAAAAGUUAAAACAAAUAGAUAACGUAAAUAGAAUAUGCUGAAAAUUUCAUUCAAAUUGCUCCACUCUGAACCGAGAUAUUAGCUUUUGAAUUUUAGGCUAGCCCGAUCAUCAUUACUAAAAUCGGUACGAUAAAAAAACAAAGUCUCGAUUAUCCUUUUAAACGCUUAAUUAUGCUUCACAAAAUGUAUUCCAAUCCGCUGAAUAUCACGGGCUAGCUAUGAUAUCGAGAGUUGAUUAUGGUCUGGAUAAGUUAAUUAAUGUCUAAUUAAUAACUUAGAUUGUUUAAAUAUGCAUUAUGUAUAAUUUAGAUAAAGAACAGGCAGUUCUCGCUAAAAUAGUUUAAAAAUAGACAAUGCAAAAUGAAUAUAUUACUUUGUUCUCAGGGAAGAUAUGAAUGUUUUUAGUUUGGUAAGAAUAGUGUAGUCUCGAUUUUCAUAGCUAACAUUGUUAAGAUGGUAAACAAAGUUUGUGUUUACGCCAACUAGUGGUCUGACUGUUCGCGUGUAGUACGGUUUACUAAAUGCCUUAGAUGUUUCAUAGGCUUAUACCCCAAAGGCAAAGUGAAGGUCAUUUUCCCCCUCACCAUGGUCGCUAAUUUAUCAAGACCAGUAUUAGCCGUGGUCCAAGCGACAACUUGUUCUCAUAAAUUCAUAGCUCGGGUGGCGAUUCCCCCCUUCAGCCACCGGACUAUUGCAAGUAACGAGGGGUCAUAUGCCUCCAGUUUGUCUCACUGUAGCUGCGAACAAUUUUAUGCCCGCCACUGUAAAAUAUGACUAUAUUUAUUUAUUGAACAAAUUGUUUUUAGAGCUGAUUCGGGAGCCCCUGGCUGCAACCAAAUACCCCCCCCCCCCUCCCACCUUGAAUCGGCCCUGGCUUGAAGGAUUGAGAUUAUAAAAUACGUUCUACGAGAAAUCUGGGGUAAUGAAAAGUAAGUCACAGGGUAAUUGAAUUAAAUAUAUUCGAAUUUUGUUUAUUAAAAUUGUCGAUUAGAAUACAUAUUUAUAAAAUCCAAUAAUGUAUCUGUAUAUAUGACGUAUUGUUUUAGAAAAAAUAUUGUUGUAUAUAUGGCGUAUGAUCUAGAAUUUUAUUUUGUACUGUAUUUUACACAUAAUAAAAAUAGUAUUAUAUUUUAACU